UUUUAAGUACAAUAAAAGGGAAAGGGGAUUCGUGGAUUUUUGAAACAUUUGUUUGCUUCUUAAAUCGCGGGGCAAUUUGCUCCGAGCCGGGAGGUGCGGCCCGGGGAGGGGCCAGGAGCCAGAACGUGCCCGGUACUGCCCAGCCUUUGUCUGCUGCCUCCGGAUGCACAGCGAUGGGGGAAUGGACCAUCUUGGAGAGGCUGCUGGAAGCCGCGGUGCAGCAGCACUCCACUAUGAUCGGGAGGAUCCUGUUGACUGUGGUGGUGAUCUUCCGGAUCCUCAUUGUGGCCAUUGUGGGGGAGACAGUGUACGAUGAUGAGCAGACCAUGUUUGUGUGCAACACCCUGCAGCCCGGCUGUAACCAGGCCUGUUAUGACCGCGCCUUUCCCAUCUCCCACAUUCGUUACUGGGUCUUUCAGAUCAUAAUGGUGUGUACUCCCAGUCUCUGCUUCAUCACCUACUCUGUGCACCAGUCUGCCAAGCAGCGAGAACGCCGCUACUCUACGGUCUUCCUAGCCCUGGACAGAGACCCCCCUGAGUCCAUGGGGGGUCCUGGAGGAACUGGGGGUGGGGGCAGUGGUGGUGGAAAACGAGAAGAUAAGAAGUUGCAAAACGCCAUCCUCAAUGGGGUGCUGCAGAACACAGAAAACACCAGCAAGGAAACAGAGCCAGAUUGCUUAGAGGUUAAGGAACUGACCCCACACCCAUCAGGGCUGCGCACUGCCACGCGAUCCAAGCUUCGAAGGCAGGAAGGCAUCUCUCGCUUCUACAUUAUCCAAGUGGUGUUCCGAAACGCCCUGGAGAUUGGGUUUCUCGUGGGUCAAUACUUUCUCUAUGGCUUCAGCGUCCCAGGGUUGUAUGAGUGUGACCGCUACCCCUGCAUCAAGGAAGUGGAGUGUUAUGUGUCGCGGCCGACUGAGAAGACUGUCUUUCUAGUGUUCAUGUUUGCUGUGAGUGGCAUCUGUGUUGUGCUCAACCUGGCUGAACUCAACCACUUGGGAUGGCGCAAGAUCAAGCUGGCUGUGCGAGGGGCCCAGGCCAAGAGAAAGUCAGUCUAUGAGAUCCGCAACAAGGACCUGCCACGGGUCAGUGUUCCCAACUUUGGCAGGACUCAGUCCAGUGACUCUGCUUACGUUUGAAGGAGCGGGUUUUGGAAAGGCCUGGGGGUGACACGCGGUCUUACGGCAGACAACUGCUCAGGAAUGGCUAUACCUGUCCUCAUUUAUGCGACUUUCAACAUUGAGAUACAGGAUAAAGUUGGUUAAGAGAAGCUCUCACAUCAAUGGCAGAAGAGAGAAAGUAGAAUCAUUACUACAUGUCACACCACUGGCUCCACAGAAGCAGAUGGGUAGAGUGAUGAGAUGGAUGAGUUAGACUUCUUCGGGACCUUUUAUUUUAUGGCCCAGAGAGAUCUCAAUAAGAGUGAACUUGCAUAGCUACCAAGAAGGACUUAGCUCUGCUGAGCUCUGUAUCCUGGUGAAUGGGAUGAGUCAAAUAUUUCAUUGGUACAAAAUGUGUGACUUAGCUCAGCAUAUCCAUACAUCCUGGGCUGCAAGAAAAACAUCCUCGAGACAUCCUUCAUGUACCUCCCCUAUCAGCAUGCCUCUUUCCCUCAACCCAGGAUAGCAUGACAGCUUUUUUUUUUUUAACUGAAUCUGGCUUUCCAGUAGACCUAAUAUGGUUUAUCUGCAAGCUAGAGGGGAUUACUUGGGGGUGCUUUUGGGGGAAUGGUCAUGGCAAAGGUUUGCAUUAGAGUCUCGUAUGACUGGCCCUUGGUCAUUAUGAAAACCUUAGGAAUGUCUCAAUAUUUCCAGUUUUCUAACUCAAACUGCACUGGUGCUGU